AUGUCGCUCACGAUCUCGCUACCAAUCGACCAAGCUGUCGACCGACACAGGUACCGGCUGAUCGAGCUUCCGCCCGAGGUUGCUGCCCUCUUUGAGGACUACAACCCCGAUGCCAGUGCCGGCGCUGAUGCCUCAAUUGCGGCGACCCCACCCCGGAUUAUCAUCAAAGGAGGCGAAGACGACGAGGCAACACUCUGCACCGAUACCCAAACCUUUGCUGUCAAGGAAGUCCAAACGUCCAAUACGCUCCUGAUGAUUUGUCCGCUUGGCCGUUCGCCGGCAUUGCUGCCAGAAACCGCCGCUCCCUCCACGCCGCCAAUGUUGCCGUAUGCCCUCAAAGAAUCGGUGUUCUCGUACAUCGAGUUGAUACCGUGCCCGCCGAGACUCGAGCGGCUGCGGCGGAUGCUGAGCGAAUCGCCAUACAAUGGGCCGGACGCAAUGGACACUGGCAGCCUGUAUACGUUGGGAGAACUGCUGUCGCAGGUUCAGGCUAGUCCUGGAGAGCUGCAGCGGGGACUGAAGGAAAACGAAGCAUUCGAACUGGAAGGACGCUGGCGAAUCUUCGACCCAGAGUUCCAAGAGCAGUUGUUGAAUGUGGUGCUGCUGGGCUGCAUUGAGCACGACAAGCAAAUCGACUCGCUGGCGUUGGCCGACGUCUCCGCAAUGCUCAGGGAUACGGACUAUGGCCGCGUUUCUGUGGAAGUUAUCGCCCAUUGUCUUGAGUGCUUUUCGGUUCAAGGAGCACCAUUGGAGAAUCAAAGUGACCUAGUCUACAGCUUGUCUCGGGAAAAGAUCUCACGAUUCUAUGGCAAACAGAUACUGUCGUCCUUGAAGGACGGCGAGUGCGAGUACGAGCACUUUUUGACAGAGUGGUCCAGAAAGCUCUCGGAUUUCUUGGCCGAUGGCGAUGAGCCCUCGCUCAAGAUCCUUGAGGAUCUUUGUUUGGUGGAAGUCAUCAACGUCGGCAGACGAGUCAUCAAGUUCUUUCCGAAGGACCGGUUAUCACUUGAAGCCAAGCAGCGACUGGAGGAGCUUUUCACGAUCAGAAAGAAGUGGUCCCGAUCGGAUCUGCUUCCAUAUGUCUCGGACCUGGCCCCUUCCGUCAAGAAGCUCGACGCCCUGCUGCUAAAGUACACACGCAUGUCCAAGGUUGACACAGAGGUAUUCUAUACCUUCCGCUAUGCGCUCUCGGAGUGA